AUGGAGACCGAUAACAAACUCCUGGAGAAAUCCUACUUGCUGAGCAUCUACAAGCUGCAGGUGGAAUCUCUGGAUCUUCAUUUGGGACUUUCCACCAGGUCGGCCCUGGAUCUCGCCGACUCCAUAGGGGACGAAGUCUUGGGCUCUGCAGAUGCGCUGGAGCGCCUGAGAAGGAACUACACAGGGCACGUUUUGGAGUUGCGAAGGAUCAACAUAGAACUGACCUGCAAGAUGAUAGAACGGAACAUGAUGCUCGAGGCAAAAGAAACCGCUCUGGUGGAGCAGAGGGCCAGAUUGGCCUCCGUGAGCACACAGCUCUCCAACGUGGAGGCCCAGCACCGGCAGCUGGAGGACCAGGUGGAAGAGCUGAGCCGCAAGAACUCCGCCGUGAAGGCCGAGUACGACACGCUACGCGAGCGUUACCGGUGCCAAGACCUGGAGUUCCGCCGGGUGGCAGAGAGAGGCCUGCAGCUGCUCAAGAGCAUCAUGCGGAUGAAGAUCGAGGCUGCCGAGCAUCGCAACGAGAAGAACGAGAGGGUGAGGAACGCCAGGGUAUCCAAGGAGCUGAGGAAGGCAACCAGGAGGCCCGUCGGCAUUGAGAUAGAGCCAGAAGAAGCGAAGGCCAAGGAGCAGCAGAUGGCCGGGAGAGCCGUUCCCGAGCAGGAGAGCCGGGAGAAGCUGUGGAGAAGAGGGCUCCCUUCCAGUGUAAAAAAACCCACCCCUGCAGAGAGUGGAUCCGGCCUCGGCCAACAAUUCAUACCACUGACCCUCGAGCCGAUAUGUGGGCUUUCAAGGAGUUUGUUCGAUUUCAGGCUGAAGCGCGGGAACUCGGCCAGCGGCCCUUCGGAGGACCACUACUGCUGCGUGCCUUCGUGUACGGCUGCUUGCCUCCCCUCCACAGUGAGCGACCACAAGGAAGCUCACCUGUCAGAGAUCAACGCCAUCAAGUUCAGCCCCACCUCAAGCAUGGUGGCCACGGGUGGAACAGACAGGCUCAUCAGACUGUGGAGUGUGGCUGGCGGCCACCUGGAGCACACGCAGACGUUGGAAGGAGCUACUGGAGGCAUCACCAAUCUCGACUUUGACCCGUCGGGAUCCCAUGUCUUGGGAGCUUCAUACAACAAUGUUGCUCAGGUGUGGAGGACCGGAAACAAAAAAUGUCAAGAGAUCCUCACCGGACACGCGGACAAAGUGACGGCGGCCGUGUUCAGGUCCACUCGGCACCAGGCUGUGACGGGCAGCCGAGACCGGACGGUGAAAGAGUGGGAUUUGUGCAAGGGGGCAUGUUCCAGAACCAUCAGCGUUUUGUCCUACUGUAACGAUCUUGCUUGCUGUGACACCACCAUAGUCAGCGGACAUCACGACAAGACAAUCCGGUUCUGGGACACCAGGGCACCCAGCUGCACGCAAGUGAUCCCCGUGGGUGGCAGGGUGACGUCCUUGAGCGUCAGUCACGACCAGAUGCACCUGCUUAGCUGCUCCCGGGACAACGCGCUCAAAGUCAUCGAUCUGCGAACGCAUAACAUCCAGCAGGAGUUCAGGGCCGAAGGAUUCCAGUGUGGCUCCGACUGGACCAAGGCUGUAUUAAGCCCUGACAAGAGCUAUGCCUUGGUUGGAUCUGCAGACGGCACGCUGUUCCUGUGGAGCAUGGAGACAGGGCAUCUAGAGAGGAGUCUGACUGGAGUUCACGUGUCUGCAGUGAACGCGGUCGCCUGGGCUCCCUCUGGUAUGUACAUUGGCAGCGUGGACCAGUGUAAGAAGCUCGUGUUGUGGAGAUAGACCCCAUCCUGGGGUCAGAUGGGGCAAGACUCCUCCGUUACCCCUCCAACAGCCUCUGAUCCCCACGGAGUCCUGCAGGUCACCCGCAGGUGGCUGCGUCUUCCUCAGACACGGGCAACGUGGAUUUCCACCUCGAGACGCCACUGCUGGAAAAGGGACGCGCUUUUUAUGAAGGGACUUUUGAGGACUGGAACGUGGAGGCUGAGGCCUACCAGCUGAGAGAGCCAGCGUGGUGCAGUGGUUAAGAGCAGCUGCGCUCUAAUCUGGAGAACCGGGCUUGAUUCCCCACUUUCCCCCAUGAUCUGGUGAACUGGGUUUGUUCCCCACUCUGCCACUUGAG